GAGGUUGGAUUAAAUCCGAGCUGCGGGGAUAGGACAAAGCAAAGCCUAAAAGUUAUUCGGUGGGGGGGGGAGAAGGGGUAAAAGUUCUGCGCAUGCAGAUGUUGAGUUGGACAUUGUGAUGUGAUAGCAGAACUCGGCAAAGCACAAACAAGAAGAGAGGGAGAGCAGAAACACAAAGACAGCCUGGAAAAGCAAGAAGAAGGGAGAGAUGGAGAUCAUAUACAAACUUCUCAUGUGCCAGCUGGCUGUCCUACACAGUCAUGUUGUUUCAUCAUAUUUUGUACCGGCAAGCCAGCAGAACCCAGAUAGCGUGGUGGUCUCUGUGUCAAACAUCACUGCCUACACCGGUUCCCAAGCUCAACUUCUGUGCCAGAGUUACCAGAUGGUAUGGACACAGGACAACCUACUGGAUAGGCAACGCGUUUUACACUGGGAUCUGUACAGCAGUCAAGGAGUAUACCGUGGAGAACGCCUUCUAGAUAUGUUCUCCGCCGGGGAGUUCCGCUUCUACAGUGGGUACAACCAGCGCCGAAUGCACGUCUCGGAAACGGCUUUCAAGGACGGCAAUUUCUCUUUGGUGAUCAAAGGUGUUUCUAUGAGUGAUCAAGGGCUGUACUCUUGCAAUCUCCAUCAUCAUUAUUGUCACCUGGAUGAAAAUGCUAAAAUUUUGCUGAACAUCACCAAGUCAGAAAGGAGAGCAAAGAUCUACUGGGAUGGAGAAAAGGUGGUCAUUGUGGCUUUAGUCGGCUCCACGGUUGUGCUUCCCUGUGAGAAUUGGAAUCACAUAUGGACUGAUCGCCACAGAGAGGAGGACCAACAAGUGGUUCACUGGGACCGCCAAGCCCCAGGGAUUCCUCAUGACCGAGCUGACCGGCUGAUUGACAUGUAUGCAUCAGGGGAGAGAAGGUCAUACGGGCCCAUCUUCAUCAGGAGCAAAAUGAAUGUUUCCGAUAAGGCCUUUGCACAGGGAGACUUCUCGCUCUAUAUAUCGGAUCUGACACGAGGGGAUGAGGGGACAUACUCAUGCCACCUGCAUCAUCAUUACUGUGGUCUUCAUGAGCGAAGGAUCUUCUACCUAACUGUCUCCGAUCCUCCAAAAAGAGAAGAGCCACCCGGCAAAAAAAGUGUAGAUUCAGCUUCGACUAUAGCUCCCAACAAAAUCCCAGAACACAAAGGCAUAGUUCCAGAAUAUUUUCUCCAUUUCUUACAACACUUCGGAUACAUCCUGGCAACCUCGUUGCUGUUUAUCCUGCUCCUCACAGCUGUGAUCCUCAUCACUCGCAAGCAUCAGAGACGAGGUUACGGAUACAACUUAAAUAAAACUCAAGGGAAGCAGGUGAACAUGAAGGAACUCUGUAUGAUGCCCUCUGAACUUGUCCAAUACAGGAAGGAAGACCUCCGAAUCGAUUAUAAAAAUAACAUUUUGAAGGAACGUGAACUGAAGGACAGGACUUUAACUCCAAAAAACGUUGACUUAGACCUUGAGCUUCGGAAGGAAUAUUGUAAAUAAAGAACCCUAUGCUGCUGCUGGCUGGCCCAGGAGCUAACUCUUCAAUUAAAAAAAGGACUGAAUGUUUCUGUAUGUUUUUCAUGCAAGCUGCCUGUUACUUGUAUCUGUCUGUUCUUCUUGUCCUGCUGUCUCCAUCCAACAAGCUCAGGACCGAUCAGAGUUCUUCACGUCAGAAAGCACCACUUUAUCUCGGUGGAAUGGGCACCUUGGGAACGUCCAACGACUCCCACACACAUUCUCCAUCCUCCAAUAUAAUAAUGUAUCUCAAGAUUAGAAAACGCUCCCCAAAAAUGUUACCCCAGUGUUUAAUGGCUUUUUUUUUUGCAAUAGCUGCUUUUAAAAGUGUUUAGUAUUUAGUGGCAAACAGCAGAUAAUAUAUAGGUAACAUUGUAUAUGUGGCUUCACUGUGGCAUUAGGAAUUAUCAGGCAUUAUGUUUAAGCCUAAAUCCAAUUUUUAAUUGACAUUUAAUAAAAAUGUAAUAUAUA